AACACUCAGUUGCAGAUGUUUUUAACCUCUGUUGUGUCUCCUCAGUACUUCAGCUGCCUCCUGCUGAUCCUCCUCGCUCAGGUAGCAGCCGGCGCGCUCAUCUACUUCCAGAAGGAGAAGGUGAGUGAUGGCACUUCCUCUUCAUUACCUGCUGGGGUUUUUCCUGACUCAGAACGGGGAUUUGGGGGGCUGGUCCACAUGGAGUGCUGUGGCUGGACGGGCCGUGUGGACUGGAGCGGUAACCAGGUGAUAGUGAACAGCUCCCAGCUGCUGUUCCCCUGCUCCUGCCAGAACGUCUCGCUGGCCUCGGGGAACUUCUCCGAGAGCGGCUUCUGCGAGGCCCAGACGCCCGACUGGCCCGUUUACGACGUGGGUUGUGCUGCCAGCGUGGAGAGCUGGCUCGUCACCAACAUCGGGGUCGUCCUGGGGAUCUGCCUCGGAGUGGCUCUGAUCGAGCUGCUGGGGAUGAUCUUGUCCAUCUGCAUGUGCAGAAACAUCCACACGGAGGACUACACCAAAGUGCCCAAGUACUAAAGACCAUGCAUGGAAACAGUA